AUGCCUCGAGGUCGAAAGAGUAAGCUCCGUGCCCGUGAGAAACGCCGCCAGGCCCGUGGUGAGAACCAGGAUCUGGAAGGUGCUCAGGCCACUGCAGCAGAAGGAGAGUCCCCCUCUCCUGCCUCUCUUCUCUCUGGAGGUAGAUCUCAGAAUUUGCCUGCUUCUGAGAUACCCAUAAUUCCUAAGGUCCUUCAGGGAACCACAUCCACCACCAAUACUACUGCAGCUGUUUCAUGCACUAAUUCAAAUGAAGGUGACAACAGCCAAGAUGAGAAAAGUCCCAGUUCCCUAAGGGGAAUUGAAAGCUUCGACAAAGAUCCUUUAAACAAGAAAGUGGUUUUGUUGGUGCAGUACCUGAUGCAGAAGUAUCAAAGCAAAGAGCCAAUUACGAAGGCAGAGAUGCUGAAGUUUGUUAUCAAGACCUACAAGUGUCACUUCAGUGAGAUCCUCAGAAGAGCCUCUGAGCACAUGGAGCUGGCCUUUGGUGUUGAUUUGAAGGAAGUGGAUCCCAUCAGGCACUGCUAUGCCUUUGUGAGCAAACUAGACCUCACCCUUGAUGGAGCAAUGAGUGAUGAAGAGAACAUGGCCUCCAAGACUGGCCUCCUGAUGAUUGUGCUGGGUGUGAUCUUCAUGAAAGGCAACUGUGCCCCCGAAGAAGAGAUCUGGGAAGUGCUGAAUGUGAUGGGUGUAUAUGCUGAUAAGAAGCAUUUCAUCUAUGGGGAUCCCAGGAAGGUUAUCACCGAAGAUUUGGUGCAGCUCAAGUACCUGGAGUGCCAGCAGGUGCCCAAUAGUGAUCCCCCAUGCUAUGAAUUCCUGUGGGGUCCAAGAGCCUACGCUGAAACAAGCAAGAUGAGAGUCCUGGAGUUUUUAGCCAAGAUCCAUAAUACCGUCCCGAGUGCCUUCCCAUCCUGGUAUGAAGAUGCUUUGAGAGAUGAGGAAGAGAGAGCCCGAGCCAGAGUUGCAGCCAGGUCUCGUCCUUCUACCAUGGCCAUUGCACGUUCCAAGACCAAGUCCAGCAGCUUCUCCCAUGCUAAGUGA